AUAAAAAAAAGAGCAGAAACAAAAAUCACUUUUUAAAUUGUUUUGUGUUUAGGACUACUAAAAGAAACUAAAUAAAUUCAAUGGCCAGUGUUCUUUUUCAAUUUCUUUGAUUGAAGGCUUCAAAGGAAUUUGAAUUAGAAUGGAGAAUUGCUUUUAAAAAGGAAUUGACCCCAUCCCUGUUUCAGAUCCUGCUAGAAGACAUCAGGGUGCAUUUUGAUCAUUCUCACAACUUCCCCUGUGUGUGCCUCUAUCCCAGUGUACAUAUGUUCAGAAAGAAGCACAAGUGAUAGCUAGCAGGCCUUUUCACUCGGUUAAAGAAUGUCAACAUGAGGGCACCAUACUUUAAGUACAAGCUGACUUAAAUAUCAUUUAUAUAGCUAAAUUAAAUAUAAUUUAAGUUAUUUUCAUGUAGACUGUAGUCUCUCUGGAAAUCUUAACAAUGCUGUACUUUUGUUUUCAUUGCUAGAUUGGCAGGCAGUAGGCUCCAGUGAGCUACUUUAAAGCAGGCCCGAAAGGGGACGGCACGAUCUCCUGUCAACCACAAUAAAUCAAAGUGCAGUUUAAUGAGAGCUGAAAACAAGUUUUUACAGAAACGAAUUCAGAUUCAAACCCACUGUGACGCAUGCAUGGAGAGAGAAAAAAAUACUGCAUGGGAAAAGAACAAAUACCCUGUUUGCUAUAAUAAAACCCUUUCCCUGGUCAUUUUGUUCUGUUAAUAAUUAAUGCCUGUGCUGUGGGGAACAGUCUGCCUUCUAGACUAAGUGGCGUGUGAUUGUAACACAGAGCAGCAACAUUCAACACAUACCUAACAGUACAGAACUGCGUGUCGUAUGGGGGUGAGGAGUCUAGUCUUUCUUUAAAGGGCAGAUCUACAGUAUUCAUCCUUUCUUUACAUUUUAUAAUUCACCUAUAGGACAUAUUUUUUUCCAAAGCUAAGCUCUAGAUGGCGUAUUGAUGGCAGUGAUUGCUAAGGAGAGCUGUCUUCUCCUUAAACCAUGACUGAGAGCAGCCAGGCGAGGAGGCUGAGUCGAGCCAAACUGGUGGUGCUGGGGCGGGAUAACUGUGGCAAAACUGCUCUGUGUGUCAGAUUCAUCACCAAGCGCUUUAUUGGAGAAUAUGACCAUAAAAAAGAGGUAACAUACAAGUGUAGAAAAGUAGUGGAUAAAGAAGCAAUUGACCUUGAGAUCCUGGACACCGCAAAUAAACAGUGUGUAGGACCAGCAGCCAGCUCCCUGGAGAGCUCCAUCAAGUGGGGGGAUGGCUUUCUCAUCAUGUACUCCGUGACAGACCGCAGCAGCUUUGAGUCUGUGUCACGCCUCAAGAGACUCAUAGACCACGUCAAGCAGACCCUAGGUAUACCCACGGUUAUUGUGGCUAACAAGUGCGAUAUGGAGAAUGGGCGUGUUGUCAGGAUGGAGGAGGGGCAAUCUCUGGCCAAUGAUCUAAGGUGUGGCUUCUACGAGAUCUCUGUGGCCGAGAGUUUCCCGGCUGUUGAAGGCGCUGUCUGCGAGCUGAUCAGAGAGGUCAGACUGGAGUUCCACAAACACCUGAUCGCCAUGGAGAAGCGAUCCCGCCUCCUCCAGAUGAGACAUGCCCUGAAGAACAGACUCACCCGCAGCAAGACCGUGCAGUGGUGAGGGAGCGGGGAGUCUGGGGUCCCACGUUGUUUUUCAGGAUCUCAGGACUCAAAGAGGGGAUGUUAUGACUGCAGAAGUAGUUUUGUUUUAUGUAGGGAUUUGCAAACACUAAAGAUUUUUUUUAGCAACAGCACAGCAGGACACAUAAAGCAGUACCAAAUAAGAAAUAAAAAUACACAGAGUCUCCCAGAAGUCAGGCAUCACAGGCUGCAUCAUAGUAUGCUGAUUAGGGUGUUCUGUUAAAUUGCAUCCUGUUGACAAUCUGCACCACACAUCACAAUGAUCUCAAUUCAUUCUUUGCAUAGACACAUUUCACAAGUGAAAGAAAUGGAGAGAAAACCAAUCUUAACAAUUCUACCUGUAAUGCGUGGCUUGGGUGACACCCUGUAUAAUAUCAGCAUGUAAUAACCAUUGUUUGUGUAAUAAAUAACUUAUUAUACAAUGGCAAGAAAAAAUCCUGAGCUCUGAUUGGUCAGCCUUGCACCAGACCCGUGAUGUUAUCCCAGCAUAUCACAGAUCUAGUACCGGCAACCUCCUCACUGAAAACCUAGACAGACAAAUCAAUCUGCCACAACACAGACUAAAAUGACACAAUUCCUGAAGUGAAUUUUACCUUUAACAACAUGACAACUGUGGAAACCUCGUUUGGCAAAGAGCCUUCAAACACAGAUCAGCCAGAAGACCAGACAGCACCUCUCAAUGACAGAACAAAAACAUAAAAAAGAAACCUGGAGAUAGACUCUGAGGGACUAGAGAAGGUAGAAUUUGACAAAUUAAGCAUCCACGAAGCGACAAACCAACUGGGCAGUCAAAGUUUUUUAUGACUGGGUGAGUGAGAGUAACACAAAUAUAGACUUGAAAACUGUCAUGCUAGAACACCUUAAUACAGUUCUACAACGGUGUUAUGCCUCAGACAGAAAUAGUGCCGUAGAGCCCUAUGGCAUAAGCCAGGGGUGGCCAAUCCUGGUCCUGGAGAGCCGCAUGGUCUUCUGGUUUUCAUUCCACCCAAGUUUACAAUUACUUAAUUGAACCAAUUGUUUUCUUAAUUGGUCAACACUAACAUGUUUCCUUGGUCUUUAGCCAUUGAUGAUUUAAAGAGACCCUGCACGAUUGCAAGCAGUUAGCAGUUACAUGGGGCUCAGAGCAGGCUUAAACAUUAACCUGAGCUGUAACAUUAAUGUACUAUUAGAACGUCAUAGUUAAUACUUUACUACAGUUUGUAAAUGGAAACCAGGAACUAUUUUAUGAGGCAGAAUGUUAUUUCCACGUGUGUAAUUAAAAUCACUUUUAGACAUAUGAAAUGAGUCUUAGUUGCUAUUUUUUUACAAUGCGAGUCAUUAUACAAUAGGAAUAAUGCACUCUAGGCUGUGUGUUGUGCUGGGAUAACACCCCUGGUGUGCCAUGCAGCAGCCUGAAAGUCACCUAGUGUGCUGAAACCAAGUUCCAAGUCACAAAGUGACACUUCGUGUUCCCUCAGCUUUAGACUAACUUUGGCUCUGAUAUUUGGGUUUGUAUUUUUUUUUUUUUAAGGUUGACAAUUUAGGUAUUGGAGGGUUUAGAAUGGCUGGACUUGCAGCUAGUGUCAGCCUUGCCAGGAGCAGACUUUACAUUCUGGGAGGACUGGGAUCCCUUAUAUGCAAUGCAUGGUAAAUGUUUUACAAACUAAAAAACAACCUUUUACAUUGUCUGGUUAACUAAAAGCAAACCGUGAAUUAGCAGCUACUAAAUAGCUUCCAUACAUUCUACUUGGUGUGUUUAAUAUAAUAAUACAUUACGAAAGUUCUAUGACUACCGUUAAACCAAGUGCUUGCAAACCUGAAAACUCGAGAUCACAUUGUUGUAGAAAUUGAGAUUGAAAGUCUACAUCGCUGAGUUAGUAAAUGGGGAAGACGCAUGCAUGCACUGACGGCUGUGAAUAAGAAAUACAUGCCAAUAUAUUUAAUGCC